AUGUCUUUAUUUGAUGAAUCACCAAUCGAUAUUAAAAUCGAAACUCCAGAAUCUGAUAUUGAAAAAAGUGAAGUUGUGGAUUUAGAAAAUGAAAAUAAUAUUGGAUCCUUUAUAAUUUUGUUAAAGAUAGAAUAUUCAUAUAAUCCAAUAACUUCAGUUUAUAAAAUUACUGAUGAAUUUGGCGUAUCUUCAUAUAUUAAGUUUGAUAAAAAUAAUCAAACAUUUAUUGAUGCAGCUUAUAACAAAUUAUGUGAAUAUUUUGAACCUGAUUAUAAUCGUCUUGAAUCAGUUUAUAGCGGAAAAAAAGUAAAUAAAAAAAAUAUUAUUACGUAUUAUUUAAAUGAUUUGGAAUAUUCUAUUUUGGAAACAAAAUAUAUAUUAGAUAUCAUUGAUUUAGAUUCUCUUAUUAAGGAAUUUAAGUUUAAAAAUAAUGAUGUUAGACAAAAAAUUCUCAACAAAUCUGAAAUAUUGAAUAAUGAUCAUUAUAAAAAUUACAUUAAAAAAGAAAAAAGGUGUUAUAAUGAAAUUUUUAUCGGAGAAAAUGCUAUUGCGAAAAUUAUUAAAAGAUACAAUAAUCAAAAUCCCGGUACAUCUAUUAGAGUUAUGCAAAAAAUUGAAAUUACAAAACGUACCAGUUCUUUCAUUUUUGGAUUUGUUGGAGCACCUGGAGUUUACCAAGAAAUUGAAAAAAUGGAAAAGUUGAAAUUUAUUUUAUUUGAUUAUACCAUUUACGAUGUUUUAAUUUAUAAUGAAGAGUUUUUUGAAGAUACAGUUCAGAAAAAAAUUGAGGAAGAUGUGUUAAAAGUUCGAAAAGAUAAUGAUAAUUAUUCUGAAUUUGAAAUUAAGAAAUUAUAUUUUAGAUACAAUACUAUUAAUGAAGAAGAUUAUGAUGAUACUAAAAUUUUUACAUUUGAUAAUUAUGGAGAGUUUGAUGAUGAGAAAAAUAAUAUUUUAGUUAAUUUAGUUAAUAAAUAUAUUAAUAUUAUUAAUUAA